GGUCGCUCAACACGACAGAAACGAAAAUGUUGCAGGCUCGGUUUAACCACGGUGACGCGUUUUCGUCAUUCUCCGUAACUCACCAGGACUGAUCGUGUCACAGUGAGAAACAUAAAAUUUACUCCUUUUCUUGUUUUCUCUGUGAACGAACAAACGGGAAUUCAAAAUGCGUGAAUGUAUCAGCAUACAUGUUGGUCAAGCCGGGGUCCAGAUUGGCAAUGCAUGCUGGGAGCUAUACUGCCUGGAACACGGGAUCCAGCCCGACGGACAGAUGCCGACGGACACAUCUAUUGGCAAAUGUGAUGAUUCCUUCAACACGUUCUUCAGUGAAACUGGCUCGGGAAAGCACGUGCCAAGAGCCGUUUUUAUGGACCUGGAGCCGACAGUCAUUGAUGAGGUUCGAACUGGUACGUACAGACAGCUGUUUCAUCCUGAACAGCUUAUCUCUGGAAAAGAGGACGCUGCCAACAACUAUGCUCGUGGACAUUACACCGUUGGCAAGGAACAUAUCGACAGUGUCCUUGAUCGUCUUCGGAAGUUGGCAGACUGCUGUAGUGGUCUUCAGGGAUUUCUAAUCUUCCAUAGUUUUGGUGGGGGCACCGGGUCGGGAUUUUCUUCUUUAUUAAUGGAGAGAUUAAGCGUAGACUAUGGUAAAAAAUCCAAGCUGGAGUUUGCCGUUUAUCCGGCUCCUCAAGUCGCGACAGCCGUCGUUGAACCGUACAACGCCAUUUUGACGACGCAUACCACUUUGGAGCACUCCGACUGCGCAUUUAUGGUGGACAACGAGGCUAUUUACGACAUUUGUAGGCGUCGCCUGGACAUCGAACGCCCAACCUAUACCAAUCUGAAUCGUUUGAUUGGUCAGAUAGUCUCCUCUAUCACCGCCUCGCUCCGCUUCGACGGUGCCCUUAAUGUAGAUCUGACAGAGUUCCAGACCAACUUGGUCCCAUACCCACGUAUCCACUUCCCACUUGCUACCUAUGCGCCAGUCAUCUCUGCUGAAAAGGCUUACCAUGAACAACUCUCUGUUGCCGAAAUCACCAACGCUUGUUUUGAGCCUGCCAACCAGCUCGUCAAGUGUGAUCCACGGCACGGGAAGUAUAUGGCUUGUUGUCUCCUUUUCCGUGGUGAUGUGGUACCCAAAGACGUCAACGACGCCAUUGCUUCCAUCAAGACAAAGAGAACCAUCCAGUUUGUAGACUGGUGCCCAACUGGAUUCAAGGUUGGUAUUAACUACCAGCCACCCACUGUGGUUCCCGGCGGAGAUUUGGCAAAGGUCCAGCGUGCCGUCUGCAUGCUGAGCAACACGACAGCAAUUGCCGAGGCUUGGGCUCGUUUGGAUCACAAGUUCGAUCUGAUGUACGCAAAGAGAGCGUUCGUCCAUUGGUACGUUGGUGAAGGUAUGGAAGAGGGCGAAUUCUCUGAGGCCCGGGAAGAUUUGGCUGCCCUUGAGAAGGACUAUGAGGAGGUCGGCGUAGAUACACAUGACGAACCGGAGGAAUAUUGAAUACAGUGUAUAUCGAAAAUAAAGCUGCGCUUUCAAUAAACAUAGCAGGAUGAACAUUUAAGUUGAUUUCUUAAAAUUACAAAACCAGGAGUGAAAAUGAACUUUAAUAAUCAUAUCUACAGUGUAAAUAACAAAAGUAUGACAAAAUGAUUUAAAAGUUUUAAAAGGUUUUCAUUUAUAAUAGGUGACGUUACAUUCUUACCUGUGAGCUCUAAUUAUGUAUUCAUUUUUUCUUAUACUUAACUUUGUUAUCUAAUAUAUUAUACCGUCUAUAUAUAUCUUACAGUUUAAUUUUUUCGUCGGAGGCAAUGAGGCGUGGGUGUCCUGUUUUUUUUUAUAUUUUUUUGUCGAACAGAACUUACGAACUUUUGUUGUAUUAUUGUGUUUUACAUUUGUACACAUGAGGCAGUAUGAAAGCAUCGAAUACUAAUAUGGCUAUAGAGGAGGUCCAGAUAUUUAUUACCACAUGUGCGAACACUAUGGACAUUAUGGUUAACAAGUUGUCCCUUCGGGUGGUUGUCAGAAUAAUUUGUAUAUUUAAUAUAUUGAUAACGUAACACAUAAGCACAGAUAGUGCUUGACUCCCUUUUUAUGUUGCCAUUGCUAUAUUUUUUGUUGAAUUGCUGUUAUUAAUAGAAUUCGGGUCAUUUAUGGUU